AUGGAGGAGCACCAGCCUCUUAUAUCACAAGAUGGAUCCAUGAGGAGAAAUCCACCAGAGAGAUGUCCCCCUCCUCUGUUUUCCCGGGCCUGUCCAGAGGAGAACAUCCCAGAGAAUCCUCAGAUGACAAACCAGAUGGAAGAUCUGAUUAUUAUUAAAGUGGAGGAUGAAGAAGAGUGGAUGAUCGGCGAUCCCCCGUGUAAGAGUGAUGUGGAGGAUGACAUUCCUGGAGAUGUUACUACAGGAAAUCCCAGUAGGAAUUCUGAAGGAAACUUCAUGUUACCACUAAAUUAUAAUGAAGAUGAAGAUAUCAUGCAGCGCUCUUCAGGAAAAAAACGUAAUAUACAUCCAGGACUUCAGAGUACAGAUCUAUCAUAUAAUCCCCUUAAUCAUCAAGAACCUUUUCCUGACCAAUCACAGAUUGUUAGCACAACUAAAGGUCAGAAAGGGGAUAAAGGGUUUCACUGUGUUAAAGAGUUCACAAAAAGCUCAGGCCUUUCUACAGACAGAAGAUUUCACACAAAGGAGAAGCCAUACUCCUGUUCAGAAUGUGGAAAAUGUUUUACAGAUAAAUCAAAUCUUGUUAGACAUGAGAGAAUUCACAGAGGAGAAAUGCCGUAUUCAUGUUCAGAAUGUGGAAAACGUUUUACAGAAAAAUCAAAUCUUGUUAGACAUGAGAGACGUCACACAGGAGAGAAGCUGUAUUCAUGUUCAGAAUGUGGGAAAUGUUUUACAGCUAAAUUAUGUCUUGUUACACAUAAGAGAAGUCACACUGGAGAGAAGCCAUAUUCAUGUUCAGAAUGUGGGAAAUGUUUUACCGAUAAAUCAAAUCUUGUUAGACAUGAGAGAUAUCACACAGGAGAGAAACCGUAUACAUGUUCAGAAUGUGGGAAAUGUUUUACACGGAAAUCAUAUCUUGUUACACAUGAGAGAAUUCAUAGAGGAGAGAGGCCAUAUUCAUGCUCUGAAUGUGGGAAAUGUUUUACAGAUAAAUCUAAUCUUGUUAUACAUGAAAGAAGACACACAGGAGGGAAGCCAUAUUCAUGUUCACUUUGUGGGAAAUGUUUCACAAAGAAAUCAAAUCUUGGUAGACACCAGAAAUUUCACACAGGAGAGAAACCAUAUUCGUGCUCAGAAUGUGGCAAAAGUUUUUCACAGAAAUCAUGUCUUGUUACACAUAAGAGAAGUCACACAGGAGAGAAGCCGUAUUCAUGUUCAGAAUGUGGGAAAUGUUUUACACAUAAAUCAUGUCUUGUUACACAUAAGAGAAGUCACACUGGAGAGAAGCCAUAUUCAUGCUCAGAAUGUGGGAAAUGUUUUUCCGAUAAAUCAAAUGUUGUUAGACAUGAGAGAAAUCACACAGAAGAGAAACCGUAUUCAUGUUCACUUUGUGGGAAAUGUUUUACAGAUAAAUCAGAUCUUGCUAGACAUGAGAGAAGUCACACAGGAGAGAAAUCAUAUUCAUGUUCAGAAUGUGGGAAAUGUUUUACACAGAAUUCACAUCUUGUUAAUCAUGAGAGAAUUCAUAGAAGAGAGAGGAAGCCAUACUCCUGUUCAGAAUGUGGGAAAUGUUUUACAGUUAAAUCACAUCUUGUUAUACAUGAAAAAAGUCACACAGGAGAGAAGCCAUAUUCAUGUUCAGAAUGUGGGAAAUGCUUUACACAUAAAUCACAACUUGUUAUACAUGAAAGAAGUCACACAGGAGAGAAGCCAUAUUUAUGUUCCCUUUGUGGCAAAUGUUUCGCACAGAAAUCAAAUCUUGUUAAACAUCAGAAAUUUCACACAGGAGAGAAACCAUAUUCAUGUUCAGAAUGUGGGAAAUGUUUUAGACAGAAAUCACAUUUUUAUAUACAUCAGAGAUUUCACACAGGAGAGAAGCCAUAUUUGUGUUCAGAAUGUGGGAAAUGCUUUACAGAUAAAUCAAGUCUUGUUUUACAUAAGAGAAGUCACACAGGAGAGAAGCCGUAUCCAUGUUCAAAAUGUGGGAAAUGUUUUACACGAAAAUCAAAUCUUGUUACACAUGAGAGAAUUCACACAGGAGAGAAGCCGUAUUCAUGUUCAGAAUGUGGGAAAUGUUUUAGAGACAAAUCAAGUCUUGUCACACAUGAGAGAAUUCACACAGGAGAGAAACCAUAUUCUUGUUCAGAAUGUGGGAAAUGUUUUACAGAUAAGUCAUAUUUUGUUAGACAUGAGAGAUUUCACACAGGAGAGAAGCCAUAUUCAUGUUCACUUUGUGGAAAAUGUUUUACUGAUAAAGCACAUCUUGUUAUACAUCAGAGAACUCACACAGCAGAGAAGCCGUAUUCAUGUUUAGAAUGUGGGAAAUGUUUUACACGGAAAUCACAUCUUGUUAAACAUGAGAGAAUUCACAGAGGGGAGAAGCCAUACUCCUGUUCAGAAUGUGGGAAAUGUUUUACAGUUAAAUCACAUCUUGUUAGACAUGAAAGAAGUCACACAGGAGAGAAACCAUAUUCAUGUUCAAAAUGUGGGAAAUGCUUUACACAUAAAUCAAAUCUUGUUAUACAUGAGAGAAGUCACACAGGAGAGAAACCAUAUUCAUGUUCAGAAUGUGGGAAAUGUUUUACACAGAGAUCACAUUUUUAUAGACAUCAGAGAUUUCACACAGGAGAGAAGCCAUAUUUAUGUUCAGAAUGUGGGAAAUGUUUUACACAGAAAUCAAAUCUUGUUACACAUAAGAGAAGUCACACAGGAGAGAAGCCGUAUCCAUGUUCACAAUGUGGGAAAUGUUUUACACAGAAAUCAAAUCUUGUUACACAUGAGAGAAGUCACACAGGAGAGAAGCCGUAUUCAUGUUCAGAAUGUGGGAAAUGUUUUCGAGACAAAUCAAGUCUUGUCACACAUGAGAGGAUUCACACAGGAGAGAAACCAUAUUCUUGUUCAGAAUGUGGGAAGUGUUUUAUAGAUAAGUCAUAUUUUGUUAGACAUGAGAGAUUUCACACAGGAGAGAAGCCAUAUUCAUGUUCACUUUGUGGGAAAUGUUUUAUUGAUAAAGCACUUCUUGUUAGACAUCAGAGAACUCACACAGCAGAGAAGCCGUAUUCAUGUUCAGCAUGUGGGAAAUGUUUUACACGGAAAUCACAUCUUGUUAAACAUGAGCUAAUUCACACAGGAGAGAAGCCAUAUUCAUGUUUAAAAAUUGGGAAAUGUUUUACAGAAAAAUCAGAUCUUGUUACACAGGAGAGAAGCCGUAUUAAUGUUCAGAAUGUAUGAAAUGUUUUAUAGAUAGAUUUGUUAGACAUGAGACAGAUCACACAGGAGAGAAAUCAUAUUCAUGUUUAGAAUGUGGGAAAUGUACAGAUAAAUCAGAUCUUGGUAGA